UUCACCACCGCUAUUGUCACCACAAUCAAUGCAGAUUCUGCGCGCCAAGCCGAGCCCUCGCAAACGCACCAUAAAAGCAGCCUCAAGCCCAUUCCCCUCCGUCUCUUCAGCUUCGCCGCGCUCUACCUCACUACAAGUCUUUUCUCAACCGCGCGCGCACCGAAGCCCAUAUCUCCCCACCAAUUCUUCUUUCUUCCGUCUCUUCUUCUCUUUCUCGUCCUCGAGCCCCUCGACACCAUGUUGUGGAUCGCUCACCUCGUCGUGUCCUUGCUGGCGGCAACGGCGGACUUUGCGUGGUUCUUCGCGGCCGAGUCGUCUCACGGGCUCAUGGCACAGGCGAACUGCUCGUUGCCGACGCUCAGUUGCAUCCGGGCGGCGCAAGCUGCUGGUGAUGCACUGGGCCAGGCACGAGCAGACGCCUACUGGUGUGGUGUCCGGGAGCAGGAGCAGGCCAGGCUUGACCAGCAGGCCUACGACGCUGCGGUUGCCGACGCCUUCGUGACCGUCGACAAGUACAAGCUGCUCCUCAUGCAGCCGCCGCCCGUUUGCCAGGUCAAUCACUAUCACACCCACCUGCACAACCACAACCACAACAGCUUCAUCAACCCCACCUUCAUCUCAGAAUGCACGAAGGUGCCAGAGCUGCCGGCGGGGGUCAGCCCCAACUUCGACAAGGAGUUGUUCUUUGGCCCGCGCCUCGGCCGGGCCGAGAAGAUCAUCCUCGGCUCCGUCUUCGUGCUCUUCGCUGCUGCCUGCGGGCUCCUCUUCUGCUGCUGCCGCUGGUGUCUGGCGACGACGAGGCCUUCUCCUCCGGCGGAUGGCCCCGCCAAAGCACCCCCCGCCGCCGACACGCCUGCCUCUCCCGCUCACAACGUCUCGCAGGACCCAGUGAGUUCCUCCACGGUGCACCUCUUGGGUGCUGAAGAGCCCCUCGAGGAAGCAGAACCGUCGGAGGAGCUCCUGGCGACUGUGUCACGUCUCCGAGCUGCCUCCCCGCCGCCGCCACCACCACCACCACACACACCGACUCCACAAAGACCCGUGGAGUCUGAACGGGCACCGGUUGAGUCCACUGACGACCUCCCGGCCUCCUCCUCCUCCUCCUCCUCCUCCUCCUCCUCCUCCUCCUCCUCACUUCUCGACCAGUCUCCAGAAAGGCCCCUGGAGACUUCACGGGCACCCGAAGACACACCCAUCCCCUCCUCCCCUCCCCCCUCGUCGUCUCCUCUCUCCUCCAUCCCCGAGCCAGAUGAGCUCGGGGAGAUGAUCGAGAACCUCCUGGCCUCCUCCCCCUCUCCCUCUCCCUCCCCCUCUCCCCCACCGGCCGUCGACACGGCUCCACAAAGCCCCGUGGAGUCUGAAUGGGCAUCAGACGACGACGCAGCGCUGCUGCUGCUGGCCAAUCCGGAGGCCGACCAGGUCAAGGCCGACGACGACGACGACGACAAGCCCGCCUCCCCGCCGCCAACGGCCUACCUCCGGCCCGUCGAGGACCGCGCAGAGUCCACCGACUCACCGCCGCGAAGCCCCACGGCGUCAGUCAAGGCGCGCAGGCGCAUCGCACCCAUACGCCGCCGUCGCGUCGUCGCCGCCCCCGCCCCCUCCCAGCCUGCCGUCCAGGCAGCACAGACGCCCGCUGUCGCCGCCAGGACACCAGUCCCCGAGGCAGUUCGGCCUCGCGUUCCCGUGCCGUCGUCUCCUGCCGCGCCUCUUCCUCGCGUUGCCGCGCCUGCUUCUCGCGCUGUCGCUCCCCGGCCCCCUGUUGCGCCCGCCACUCCUCGUCCUGCGCCCGCUGCCGCCGCGCCUCGCACUCGCCCUCCCGUGACGCCCGUUGCCAGCUUCUUCGCGUCGCUUAUGCAGGAGGCUAGCAACCCCGUGUAUAAGCAGCCCGGAGAGCGGUAGCGGGCUCGCGGAGGGUAGGAGGACGACUAGUACAUGUUUUGUUUGAGAAGGGAUUGAUGGCGUGAGAGUGUGAUGCCCACGCUUGGAUGUGGACUGGAGGAAUGGGAUGGGAAUUGGU